AUGCGCAAGCACGGAUCAAAGAUUUCGAAGAUACGGAACGCGGGACGCGGGACGCUGAGUGUUCCUCGUGAUCGCUUGUACGAUAAGCGGAGCUUGGAGGUUUUAUGCAGUGUCGGGACCAAGGUAGAAGACCUGACGGACCGUCUGUCGAAGCACGAACGGGAAAGUAUCGAUGCCCUUGUCGAAGCAGCUGGUGUAGAGGCAAAGCUCAUUGCUGUCACUCAUGAACCGCAGAACCUGAAAACUUCCUCAUCAGCAAAUCUCCUUGAGCUGCAGGAGCUGAGGGUCAUCAAGGAGGAGGGUAUUUCGAAGUUGCUUGCAUCUCAAGAAGUCAUCAACACCAAGGACAAGGAGAUUAUCGGUUUAAAGGCAGAGGUCAAGGCUCUCGGGUUGCGGAGGCUAAGAAAGCGGUCGCGGAGAAAGACCGCGAUCUCAGAGCUAGGGAUUCGUAAGCGACGGCGACGUACACCCUCGUAUGCCUUCAACGAUAAUCUGUCCAGACAUACCUUGGUUAAGCAAAAAGUCGAGGGCCUGAACUCGCAGGUCGUUUCUGCAGAGGCAUCGUUGAAAGUAACAAGGGAAUGGCUCGCACUAGCUCAAUCCGAGGCUCGUGAGCGUAAAGAGGAAAGCGACAUUCUGAAGACAAAGGUUGAGAGCCUUGAAGUCGCUCGUGCCGAAUGGGAGGGUCUGAAUUCCAAGUUACAAGCACAGAUUCAAGAGCUUAGUACAGGAGAGGCACUGGCUGUACGGACGACCCAACUAGUUCAAGCUGAGAUCAAGCGGGUCACAGCGGAAGUCAAGAAGGCCAGCGAGGAAGCGAGUAAAACUAUCGAAUCGCUUCGUCAAGCGAAUCGUCGGUUGGAGGUCGACAAUAGCUUGUACUUGUGUGUAUUAGUCGUCCCUGACAUUGGUUUUCUCAGAACCGAUUGGAUGAACAAAAUACGGCUCUGGUCUCAGCGAAUGACCUCAACAACGCACUCCAGGUGA